AUGCUUUCUCUCUCUCUCUCUCUCUCUCUCUCUCUCUCUCUCUCUCUCUGCAUCUAUCUAUCUAUCUAUCUAUCUAUCUAUCUGUUAAUCUAUCUAUCUAUCUAUCUAACUAACUAUCUAUCUAUCUAUCUAUCUAUCUAUCUCAGUUUGUUCUGCUCUCUUUCCUUACUAUCUCUCUCUUUCGCUAUAUAUCACAAUCUGUCCCUACUUCCGUAUGUCCUUCAUUUCUCUCUCUUUUCUCUCUCUCUCUCUCUAUCCCAGUCUAUUUCUACAUCUCCUUUCCAUUCGUUUUCUCUCUCUUUCUUUCUCUAUCUUAAUCUGUUCCUUCCUCCUCCUUUCCUUCCUUUCUUUUUUCAUUUUGCCCCUCUCUCUCUUUCUCUCUAUCCGCCUAAGCCUGUUCCUACCUCCUCCUUUCCUUCCUUCUGCUCGCUCUUUCUCUUUCUCUCACUGUCUAACUCUAUCUAUCUCAUUCUAUUCAUACCUCAUCCUUUCCUUCAUUUCUCUCGACAUAUUCCUCUCCCUAUCGAUCUCAGUCUGUUCCUAUUUCCUUCUUUUAUUCCUUUCUCUCUCUCUCUCUCUCUCUCUCUCUCACUCUAUUCCUACCGCCUUAUUUCCUUCUUUUGUCACUCUUUCUCUGUCCUUUUCUCUCUCUACCUAGCACAGCCUGUUCCCUAUUACAGUAUGGUAAUAUCUGUCUAUCUAUUCAUCUGUAUGUCUUUUCAUAUCUAUCACAAACUGACAAUAUCUAUCUAUCUAUCUAUCUAUCUAUCUAUCUAUCUAUCUGUCUCUGUCUUUCAUAUGUAUCUAUCUCUGUUUUUUCAUAUGAUUAUUCAUAUUUAUAAAAUGGUAAUAACUAUCUAUAUCUAUCUAUCUAUCUAUCUAUCUAUCUAUCUAUCUAUCUAUCUAUCUAUCUGCAUGUCUGUCUGUUUGAAAUUGACUUUCUUUUAG